GGGGGAGGGGAAAGGAGGAAAAGGAAGGAGGAGAAUUCUAUCUCCUGUAGCUGGGGAGGCUAUUUAGAAGAGGGAGGAGUUUGUCUUGCCUUUUCUCCCUCCCCCUAGGAAGGGGAUUAUGGUGCGGUAAUCAGGAUUAACUCUCUCCGCCCUGGCUGCCUUUUGACCCGUUCAGCUGCCAGCAGACCGCCGUAUAUAAGGGACUUGGUGGAAUGGAGCAGAAACAUCUGGCCCAGGGGCGAUCUUUUCGAUUGGCCUCCUCGCUCCUUUGGACGAGGGGAACCUUCAAAGCCAGGACGCACGCCGGUUCCUAGCUAGCUAGUUGCAGUCUUUUCUCCUUCCCCUCCCUCCGUUUCCUCUCCGCCCACCGCGGUCUUGCUCCUGGGCCGCAGCCACCUCUCUCCCCCUCCCACCCCCACGCCAGCAUCCUCAAGCCUUGGUGCUCAGCCAUGGGGGACCUCCCGAGCCUCGUGCGCCUCUCCAUCGCUCUCCGGAUCCAGCCUAAUGAUGGUCCGGUCUUCUUCAAAGUGGACGGGCAACGCUUCGGCCAGAAUCGGACUAUCAAGCUACUCACUGGCUCCUCUUACAAGGUGGAAGUGAAGAUCAAGCCUACCACACUCCAAGUGAAGAACAUUUCCAUUGGUGGUGUGCUUGUCCCAUUGGAGCUGAAAGCUGAAGAGUCUGAUAGUGACCGAGUUGUUUACACAGGAAUAUAUGAUACAGAAGGUGUGACUCCAACAAAAAGUGGGGAGCGACAACCCAUCCAGAUUACCAUGCCUUUUGCUGAUAUUGGGACCUUUGAGACUAUGUGGCAGGUGAAGUUCUACAAUUACCACAAACGGGAUCAUUGCCAAUGGGGAAGCCCCUUCCGUGUCAUUGAAUAUGAGUGCAAGCCCAAUGAGACACGCAGUUUGAUGUGGGUGAACAAGGAAUCGUUCUUGUGAACAUGAGUCUGACAUUGCUAGACAAUCUUUUCAGAAAUCUACCUUUAAAAGAAAAUAAACCCACAACCAGCACAAGCCUUAACUAAGGCAUACUUGGAUUGCUGCUCUCUCCCAUUGGGUACAGGUAACAUGUGAGUCCCUAACUUUUUGGAGAUAUAAUCCUCUUCUGAUGCAAUCCCUUCAUCCUCCCCUUCCCCAGGUUGCAGAUCAUAUUGCAACAUUGCUGACAAAACAACACCUUUCCAUUUUUUGUGUUUGUGUUCUUGCACCCAAAGUACUUGGUCAUACUAUUGAUCACUUCUGGUGAAAGCCAAGCAGAAAUACAAGUUAGAUGUUGUGUGCUUAAGUGGUUCUGUAGACCGUUGUGCUCCUCAUUUCCAAGUUGAAUGACUUCUUCCUUUUUGUUUAAUGUUGUUAAAAAAAAAAAGUGUGUAUGGACUUUAUCUGCCUUGUAGAAUUUGGUGAUUUUUAUAUCCUUUGCUGUUUCAGCUUUGAGAAUGAUUUUUCAAAGCAGGCUCUUUGAAAAGAUAUGAACUACAAUGAGCAAUAACGAAUGUGGUUUGCUAGGCAGAGUUCCUUGGCUUUGUUAAAAUGAACUUGCAGAGAGAUAGCAUUUUUACUUUUUUUUUCAUAUGUAAAAUGAAAGGGCUGAAAUUGAAGGGACCUCAAAGGUAGUCUAGCUCUAUAUCUAGGCUCCUAUAAGUAAUCUAAUUAAAUGCAAGGUACCAUUAAACAGAAAUUUCUGUGCAGGGCCUAGAGUAUCGUCAGAACUCUGUUUUUUGCAAGCCAGUUUACCUGAAUUGUCACAGUGCCCUUUUAUUUAAGAAGUGCUGGUUAUAUUGCCUAUGUGAUUGAAACCUGUAUCAAUAGCAUAACUUCAUUCCUCCUUCUUGUGAACUUUGUAAAACUAUAUGUGGAAUUGUAAUCAAUUUUUGGUCUUUAUAAUAAAGGAAUUUAAAAGUA